CUGUCAGUUUCCUUGUUUACCCUGCACAUCCUGUGUUUGACUCACAAAUGCCACGGGGUGUAUGCAAUGGCUUUUAUACAGAAGAAAGAACGAUCCAAAGAAAGGUUUUCCCUGUUACUACUUGAUCUGGAGGAAUAUUAUUUUGAACAGCACUCAGCGCACCAUGUGACUAGCAAUAUUACAGCACAGAAAAGGCCAAUUAGAGGAUCUCUCAAAAUCUGUUCAAAAUCCCUAAUCUUUGAGCCAGAACCGGUAGCUGAACCUAUUUUAAAGAUACCUCUUAGAGACUGUAGCAAAAUUGAAGCAAUCGAAGAGAGUGCUCAAAAUCCUUUCAAUGAAAUUAAUUUCAGCGGAUUACUUGUUGUGUGCCGACAGGUUUACUUCAUUAAAGAAGACAAUAUUGUAGCUCCUUAUAAGAUUGAAAGAGGAGAAAGAGCCUUCAUAUUUCAACUUGAAGUUUCAAGCAAAACAGAAGAUGUGGCGCAAACGUUGCUUCAGUUGCAUAGAGCAUCCUGUCUUGACAAGCUGGGAGAUCAAACUGCCAUGAUUGCUGCCAAUCUGCAGUCACGGUUAGCUAGAACAUCUUUUGACAAGAACAGCUUUCAGAGUGUUUCUGAGAAGCCUCACAUGGAAUGCGAGGCUGAAAUGGUGAAUCCGCUAGUGACCAACCCAGGACACGUGUGUAUAACUGAUGAAAACCUCUACUUUCAGCCACUCUGCGGUUAUCCAGAACCUGUGGUACAAAUUAAGCUUCACAGUGUGAGGCGCAUCUACAAGAGAAGACAUGGUCUGAGACCAUUGGGACUUGAAGUCUUUUGCACUGAAAAUGAUCUCUGUUCAGACAUAUAUUUGAAGUUUUAUAAAACCAGUGAGAGAGACGAACUUUACUACUACAUUGCUACUUUUCUAGAAAACCACAUGGUGGAACACACUGCCGAGAGCUACAUGCUACAGUGGCAGAGAGGACAUAUCAGCAAUUACCAGUACCUCUUACACCUCAACAAUCUGGCAGAUAGGAGCUGCAAUGAUCUUUCACAGUAUCCUGUCUUUCCAUGGGUAAUAGCUGAUUACAACAGUGCAGAACUUGAUUUGAUGAAUCCUGACACGUUUCGAGACUUGAGCAAGCCAAUUGGCGCGCUGAAUAAAGAAAGACUGGAGCGGUUGUUGGUCCGUUACAGAGAUAUGCCAGAGCCAAAGUUCAUGUAUGGAAGCCAUUAUUCCUCACCUGGUUAUGUGCUCUUCUACCUUGUGAGAGUGGCUCCCGAGCACAUGCUGUGUUUACAGAAUGGGCGGUAUGACCAUGCAGACAGAAUGUUUAACAGUAUAGCCGAAACUUGGAAAAACUGCUUAGAAGGAGCAACUGACUUUAAAGAGUUGAUUCCUGAGUUUUACGGGAGUGAUUCCAGUUUCUUGGUCAACAGCCUGAGCCUGAACCUGGGGAAGAGGCAAGGCGGAAAGAUGGUGGGAGAUGUCUUGCUUCCUCCUUGGGCAUCAGAUGCAGAUGAUUUCCUUCAGAAAUGUCGAAAAGCUUUAGAGAGCCAGUAUGUCUCUGAGCACCUUCAUGAGUGGAUUGAUCUGAUCUUCGGAUACAAGCAGAAAAGCUGUGAUGCCAUUGCCGCACAUAAUGUGUUUCAUCCUUUGACAUAUGAAGGAUGCAUGGACUGUGACAGUAUCGAAGAUACUGAUCAGAAAAUAGCAAUGCUGACCCAGAUUUUGGAAUUUGGACAAACGCCCAAGCAGUUGUUCACCACUCCGCACCCUCAGAGGAUAACACCCAAGUUUCAAAGUAUGUCGAGGACACCUAGCCAGAGCGCCUCCCUGAAUGAGCUGUCCCCAGCAGCUGUGAGUGAAGAUUCCUCCUUUGAAGAUUUGACCGAAGAAAGCAGGAAGCUUGCAUGGAACAAUAUCUGUAAGCUGAUGAUUGUGUCCAGCCAUAAAAUCCAUAAGGAGGCAGUUACAGGGAUAGCAGUAACUCGCAAUGGAUCAUCAGUUUUCACAACUUCACAAGAUUCUACCCUAAAGAUGUUUUCCAAAGAAGCAGGUUUAUUGCAAAGGAGCAUGUCUUUCUCUAAUAUGGCUCUGUCAUCUUGCUUGGUGCUCCCAGAUGAUACAGUUGUUGUGUGCUCCUCAUGGGAUAACAAUGUGUAUUUUUAUUCCAUUGCUUAUGGAAGACGACAAGACACAAUCAUGGGACAUGAUGACGCUAUAAGCAAAAUUUGCUGGUGUGAGAAUCAGCUGUAUACAGCCUCCUGGGACUCCACAGUAAAGGUAUGGAAGUGUGUUCCUUCAGAUUUCUCAAGCAAUAAAAGGAGUCAAUUUGAGCUUUUGGCCGAACUAGAACAUGAUGCAGGAGUAAACACAAUAAACCUGAACCCUGCGGGUACGAUGCUGGUAUCUGGAUCAAAAGAAGGCAUUGUGAGCAUAUGGGAUGCCACCAGCUUUGAGCUGCUACAUCAAGUGAUUUGUCACUCAGGAAAAAUCAAUGCUAUCUCUUUCAGCCCUGACAGCAGGCAUGUCCUCACCGCUGGAGAAGAUAGAACUUUGAAAGUCAUUGAUGUGCAAACAGGCAUGCUUAUUUCGUCAGUGGUCUCAGAGGCACAGCAGAGAUGCUUCUGCUGGGAUGGCAAUACAGUUCUGUCUGGUAGCCAGACAGGAGAGCUUCUGGUAUGGGAUCUUAUGAGUGGAAAAGUCACAAAGAAAAUUCCUGGGCAUUCAGGUGCUGUGACAGCCAUGUGGAUGAAUGAGCAGUGCAGCAGUAUUAUAACUGGGUCUGAAGACAAGCAGAUCAUCUUCUGGAAACCACAAUACUGAUACGUUCCAAAGUGCCUUUACCUCUAAUGUUCACAAUUGCUCAAGACCUAACAGGAACGUCCAAGAUUUAGAAUUUCAACAUAAGCAAUUUUUUUUUCAAAUGUACAAAUCUAUAUCGAACUCUGUACUGUAGUUUCAGCAGUAUAUACUUUUCCACAUAUCUGUUCUACAUGAUGCAAGUUUUAUUCCGAUGUUCAGAUAUGAUCACUCAUAGAAGGAAUAAGCAGUUGUCAUGCACUGUUGAUAAAUCUUUUGCACUAAAAUGCUUUGUCAUGUUUAUAUAUAUUUGCAUGUUGAUGCAUUUUUGGUAGAUACUGUUCUGUGUCCUGUGUAAUCUCUGUAUAUUAUUGUUCUAUACAUGUUUUUUACCUUGCAAUGUGCCUUGUUGCCUAUAACAUGACAGCUUUAGGGCCUUUUUGCUUUUUGAAAAUGCUCAGCAAGUGAAGCAACCCCUUUUUUUCCAACUUAUUUUUGAUGGUGCAUUGUGAAGAUCUGGCAUUGUUGACAAUGUUAAGUUUCCUUAAACUACAAUGAAUAGUCUUGCUUACUGCUUCAUGAAAUGAUGAAGACAUCAAAUUUAUAUAACUGCAUGAAAACUUAUACGGUACACAAUGUAAUCAUGAAUACAUUUUUCAUGGUUUGUGAUGAAUCAGUUAAGUCCUUUUGAGACAAAACCAAACAGUCCAUAAAAUGUAUUAUAUAGUACAAGUAUACUAUAUAGAAAGAUAUACAAAGAUGACUUUCUCUUUGCCACUCUUAAUCCUAACUUGAAUACAUUUUGCAUUCAUUUGAAUUUUGUCUACUGUUUUAUACAGCAUGCAGACAUCUCAAUUCAAGUUGCAGUCAAUUUCAAUUACCCGUAUACAGUGGUUAUCCAUGAGAAUACAAAAAACAUUACAGGGAUGUUGUGUAAUCUGCACACUGCAUACUGCAUGCAUUGUUUAAAUGUAUGUUGCAUUGGAGAAUAAGAUAAAACCUUAGUCAUUUCUGCUUUCAAAACAGAAUCUGUGGGGUGGUUGAGAUUUUAUGAGCGUGUCCAAGUCUUUCUCCGACAAUCCUAUCAUUUUAAGGAAAUGUGCUUCUUUCACACACUACAGUGGUUAUGAGUAUCCCGUGUGGUAUACUACUGACAUUCAACCUAUAUGUAUUUUACUGUAUAAGAAGCUACCAGUGUAUUUUAGAUAUUAUUUUUUGCAUUUGUACAGGUAGGUAGAUACUUUCGGUGGACCACCUCUUAAACAUUUGGUUCAGGUAUUACAUUUUAAAAAUAUACAGAUGUUUUUUUUUUAGUAUGACCAUGCUGUUGUCUUAAGUGAAGCAAAAUGCACAAUUAUUCUUUUAAUUCUAUGCAGAUUGUUUUAACUGUUAGUAAUCUGCCUUUUGGCUUCAGGGAGCAAUAUAAAGCAAUGAUGUGUACAAACCUGGGAAAUAUACUGGAUACAGCUGUCUCUCUGGGGAAACAGUAUUUGAUUAGCACAGUUUUGAACUUCUGCUUGAAUUACCUCAUGAAUGUAAACGUUUAUAUGAAGAGUAUUUAAGUCCCAAUCUUUUAAUGCUACCAUUACGUACAAAUGGGACAACAUUUGGUUCCUUAUGAUUAUGCCCUGUUAUUCCAAAUAAAAUAGUUCACAUAGAAAAAAAACA